GAUUGGGUUUAGAAAUUCACACCACAAUCAAACACACACAACCACACAACCACACAACAUUUACUUCUCUGACUCUCUCUAAUCAAAGAGAGAUUAGUAAUGGCGGAAAGCAAGGGAGAAGUGAAGCACAUACUGCUUGCAAAGUUCAACGAUGGCUUAUCCGAACAACAAAUUGAUGAAUACAUUAAAGAGUACGCCAACCUUGUCAAUCUUGUUCCUUCCAUGAAGGCCUUCCGAUGGGGUAAAGAUGUGAGCAUCGAAAACAUGCAUCAAGGCUUCACUCAUAUCUUCGAAUCAACCUUUGAAAGCACACAAGGGAUUGCUGAAUAUGUUUCCCAUCCAGACCAUGUCGUGUUUGCGAACAAAUUACUGCCUCUGUUUGAGAAGGUCAUUGUUGUUGAUUACAAGCCCACAAAAGUCGAAGUUUGAAUCUUUAGCAGCCUUCCAGUGAGACUUCACUUCUGUCUGCUGGCUUUGUGGAAUAAUGUAAUGUGUUCAAACUUCAAAGAUUGUUCCUUUUGUAACUUCACCUUUGCUUCAAGAUUGUCUUCUGAUGAUUAUACAUUCCAGUUAGUAAAUUACUUUUGGCUUGUAUUUUUGUAAUGCCUGCCUUCUCUGGUUCUGUUUCUUGGUUGGGACAGAGCAAUAAAUAUUAAUAUUAGAGAUGGA